GGGGUGACACGGGCCGGGGGCUGCACUGCUCCCCCCGGGGUCACGCCUGGAAAGGCACCGCGGUUCGGGGGAGCCACGCCGCCGCCUCACCUGAGGGUCCGGCAGCAGGAGCUCCCAGGCGAGGCAUGGAGACCGGGCAGGAGAUCCCGGCCCUCACGGACACGGCUGCCGAGUUCCUGAGCCUCAUCGGGCUGAAGGAGCUGGAGCACUGCCUGUUCGCCGAGACGCUGGCAGUGGUGGGCACAGGGGACCCGCCAAGGGACAAGGCAGAGGGCCAGUGGUGGAUGGCAGCCCAGUGGGCACCCUACAGACGGGAAGGUGAACCAGUGCGGAACUGCAUCCUGGUGCAAGCCAGGUUCCGAGGCUGGCAGGAUGGUGUGCCUAGAUCCAGCACCCUCAAAGCCUUUGUGACCCCACAGCUGGAGACCCUGGAGCAGGAGGAGCAGGAAUGCUUGGAGCUCAGACCACACCCCACAGAGAAGAGUACCCACAUGGUGAGCCACCAGCAUGGGAUGACUGUCACGAAGACCCUCCAGGAGGGAGAGGUCUCUCCACAGGCAGAGCCACAGUGCCAGAGCUUCUCCUACCGCCAGGCCGAGCUGCGGGGGCUGCUGCUGGAGGGUGCCAGCCUCCUGCUGCUGCGGGUGCUGGCACGCCGGCACACAGUGCCCCCCGGCCUCAUCUUCCCAGCCAUCGACACCGAGGGCCACCUCUGCACCUCCAGCUACUCUGCCCUGGGCAUCCAGCGUCAGGCAGUGGGCUCUGCAGAGACGGAGGUGUUUGUGAUGGAGCGAGCCAUGCACACCAGCACAGGUGUCUCCACUGUCAGGCAGAGCAGCUUCCUCCCCAAUGGGCAUUUGGUUCAGAUGACGCAGGUUGGCUCCCCGACGCUGAUGCUUCUGCAGGAUGAGUCCAUCCUCAGCAAGUCAGGUGGGUUUGAGCCCCAGCUCCCCUUCCCCAAAGAGCCCCUGAACUGGGAGGAGGACAUCCAGCUCUGCUCCUGGUUCCUGGACAGGAAGAAUUCUUCACCCACCAGCGGCCCAUGGAUACCCCCUUUGCCUCCUCUGGGUCUGCCAGCCCUCUCCCCAGCUCCCCACCUGACCACCGUCCAGCUAAUGGGGAAUAAAGCUACCAAAACUGCCUGUCCCAGUCUUGUUUGCUUUGGGGAAACUGAGGCUCAGGGAGGGCAGGUGGUGCCAAGUUGUGUGCUAAAGCCCCACCAUGGCAUCUGGGUGGGACCCUGUCCCCCUCUCAGCUGUUUUAGCCCUUAGGGCUUAAGGUAGGGGGUGCCUGGGGCAUAUCCUCGAGCAGAGCCAGACUCGCAUCCCUAUGCCCGCCACUACCUCAUGUAUAGACCUUGCCCACCUCUCUGUGGGGCACAGCCUGGAUGGCAGAUGGGUACCCCAGAGAGACAGCUGGAACUAACCAGGCACCCACAGGAGCAUCUGAGGUGCUCCCCCUUCCACCUCCACAGCCCCGAGGGUCCUGGGGAUGAGGUCCCCACUUUCGUUGUCACAGCUUGACAGUGCAGCAACACUGGCACCCCAUCUUUGGAGUGAAGGUCCCCACACCCAAGGGUGACAUAAGCACCCUGUACUGCAGAGCUAAGUGCUUCCCCCAGCAGCUGAGGGUGCAUUUUGAUCUGCUUGUGCAACACAUGCCUGCUUCCUCCUCACUUCCACUCCUAUGGCAUUUCCCCUACUCCCCUGUGGCCAGCCUUGCCUUCCCACUCUGUGAGAAACUGUCCCCUGUCCCCCCGACUGCCCAAGGAGCAGGAGCCCUGGCAUGUGAUGGAGGGUGACACGCAGACAAUGCUCCCACGCUCCUGGUGUGGGUGCCUCGUGCGUGCACGUGUGUGUGUGUGGCAAAGAGGAGCAAAGGGGCCUCCUGGCACAGGGUGGGAACCGAGAGUGUGCACAUUCAUAGCACCCAGCCCCCAACAGCCAGGGGCCCUUUCCCUACCCAGGUCAGCGGGUAGGGAAGGAACACUUCCUUCUCAUAUCCUCCUCCUCCUCUCCUCCUCGGGGGGGCAGUGGGGAGGGUCCUUUAAAAGCUGGGCAGCAGGCAUUACACCCAGUGUUAGGAUCAGAGUGCUCCAGCAGCAUGUCUGGAUCAGCCCCAGCUAUGGCAUCGCUGGAACCAGGUGAGCCUCACAACACUUGGGUCCCCUUGUGCGUCCUUUCCUCCCUAGACCCCCUUCCCUCCACCCUGGUACCCCUGGUUCCAUUCCAUCCCCCAGUGGGCACUGUCCCCCCAAGCCUGUCCUGGAUUCCCCCUCUGCCUCAUCCUCUGUUCCCCGAAGUCCACCUGUGAUUCAACCACAUUCCCAGGAUGUGGGUGGGCUGGGGAGGGGGGGUUAGGACCAGUACAAACCUCUUGUCCCCACUCCAUGCCCACCCAGCAGCAGGACCCUGAGCAGGAUUCCCUCCUGCCCAGAAACACACUUGGUUCUUGGACUGGUGAAGACUGGGCUGGGAGCAAGCAUUUUAGGGACAUCUGAGCUGGAGGUGGCAUCUGACCCCUUUGGGUAGCCACCGACAGAUCCCAUAUUGCCACCGUCAUGGCCCCCUUGGAAAAAUGGUGCUUGUACCUCACAGGACUCACCAAGUAGGGUCAGGUAGGACUGGAGAAAGCUAGUGCCAGAGCUGCCAGUCCACCAGUGUCCUUGUCCCCCUGGCAGGCUGCCACCUCCCCUCCUCCUUUUCCUUGCCCCACCA